UCACUGGCACUCACUAGUAGUUUGAUCAUCGAAUGUUUUAGCAAGUAGACGGAUUGUGCAAUAGUUAUAAAGAAUAGUUGUAUUUUUAAGAAAACAAAAUGUUCAGAGUAAACAAGUUUCAAAAAUUGAUUUCUGUUGGAAUCCAACGUUCUUUGGCCACCCAAGCUAAAAUAUUGCCAACACAGGUGCGUAUAGUGGAGGUUGGACCAAGAGAUGGCUUGCAAAAUGAGCCGAAACUAUUGCCAGCUCAAGUAAAAAUAUCUUUAAUUGAUCAAUUGUCAGAGACCGGCUUAAAAACUAUUGAAGUCACAAGUUUUGUCAGCCCUAAAUGGGUCCCUCAGAUGGGUGACAAUGCUGAAGUAUUGCAAGGUAUUCGCAAAGUACCAGGCAUUUCAUAUCCAGUGCUAACACCAAAUUUAAAAGGAUUUGAAAGUGCUUUGAAAUCCGGAGCUGAAGAAGUUGCUGUAUUUGGAGCUGCAUCCGAUGCAUUUUCUCUAAAGAAUGUUAACUGUACCGCAGCUGAGAGUAUUGAGCGCUUUAGACCUGUCUUGGAAGCAGCCAAAAAGAAUAAUGUUAAAGUACGUGGUUACGUUUCUACAAUUGUUGGUUGUCCUUAUCAGGGCGCUAUAAAACCUAAAGAUGUGGUAAAGGUUGUUGAAGCCUUGUAUGAUAUGGGAUGCUAUGAAAUUUCAUUAGGUGACACCAUUGGUGUUGGUACACCUGGUACUAUGCGCAAAAUGUUGGACGAGGUUGUACGCGCUGUUCCGGCUGAUAAGUUAGCUGUACAUUGCCACGACACUUAUGGUCAAGCAUUGUCGAACAUACUUACGUCGCUUGAAUAUGGCAUCUCUGUUGUAGAUGCUUCCGUUUCAGGUUUGGGAGGUUGUCCUUAUGCUCGUGGUGCUUCUGGUAACGCAGCAACUGAAGAUGUAGUAUAUAUGUUGCAUGGCAUGGGUAUAGAAACUGGAAUCGAUUUGGAUAAAUUGAUCACUGUCGGCCGUUAUAUUUGUGAACAAUUGGGAAGACAAUCCGAAUCUAAAGUCAAUCGCGCCUGGAAAGGUCCCCAAGCAAAGAAAUGUUAAUGUUAUAAAGAGUACAUGCAUAAAUUUAAGAAUAUUGUGAUUAUGAAAACGAUGGCAUUUAAUUAAAUAUUUUUUAGCGCAAAUAAAAUAAUUAAACAAUUA